UUUUUUUCUAUCGUAAAUGAAAGUAGCGGAUAACGCAAAAAAGAUAUAUUGCGAUAUUGCGGCUGAGGCUAGUCUUUGCUAUAGGAGGGGCGACCUCCCAGGCAGGGUUCUUGAGUUUUUGAACUCACAGACUGUGAAUGUCUGGGAUUGGACUCUAAAUAGUUGUAAUGAUACUGGUCUUCUGGUCUUAUCCAGAACUGUUUGUAAAUAAUACGGAGGUCUUGACAUUUCCGUCAACAAUUACUGGAAUGUCUUGCAAUUAAAGUACCGAUCUGACCAGAAUGAAUUCUCUUUGCAAGACAGUGCUAGCUCACAAGGCAAGGGACGAAGACGUGCUAGAAAUCGACGGUAUAACUCUGAAUGGAAUGGAAAAGAGUGUUGGAUCCACUCUCAAGUCCAAGGCCAUACAUCUAGCUAAAACUGCAAGAGCAUUUUCAAACUUGACCGGUGAAGCGAAAAACACCGUUUUUCUUGGCUUGAACUCUAUUGUCGAUCUUUCAAAUAGUUACACUGGUCCAGAUUCCCAGAGGUCGUUGUUCUCAGAGUCAUCCUGGCAACAAUUGAAAAACCUAGUCUAUGAAUCACGGGACAUGCCUCCACUUCCCGACGACGUCACCAAUGAGCUCAAGGAUAUUGAAAAGAUUUAUGCCCAUGAUUCGUUUGUUGAACAAAAAAAUUCGAUAUUACAAACUGACAGAGGAAAGAAGGCUACCGAACAAGAUUUUGUUAACGAAGCUUGGACUCCUAUCUUGGCUACAAAUUCAACGAUGAUGAACUUACCUUAA